AUGCAAACACCCAAAUCGAAGCUUCGAGGAAGGACUGUUGGAGGGACUUGUAUAAGGAAUCAGCAAUCACUUUGCAGGACUUCUUUCGAUACAUCACAGAAUAUCAACGAGUACAAUCAAACCAAAUCAUCAAAGCGCAAAGCAACCACACCAAACCGCUUUUUUUCCAACACGUCAAAUAUAAACACAACCGAAAUGUCCACCCAGUCCAAGGCCGACAAGAUCGAGGAGGUCCGCAAGAACCUUCCCUCCCCGAGCAGCCCCCCGUCGCAUCCGACUGGCAAUCCGCCGACGAGCGCAACGUCAACGUCAGCAGCGGCCGCUUCUCCGGCGACGUUUCCAACGGCCCAGGUGUCACCUCGGGUCUCCGUGAGCCCACGUCUUCCGACGGCGCAAACAUUGACAUGUCCAACAUUGGCAAGGGCGAGAAGGAUAACAAGUCUUCGUAAAGAUGACAAACAAGAAUAUCGCGACACUGGAAUGGGAGGUAUAGCGGCAAUGUUUGCUGCGUAA